GCAAAUAUACUUGCGAAUUUUUUAUCCAAUAAACAAACAAACACACACUCGUUUUGACAGAAGAAACAUUUGACUUUUAGAACAGUCGAACCAGUGGCCGAGUAUGUGAGGAAUUGAAUGCUUUGAAUGAGUUUUGGUUGGUAGACAUUUGAUUACACCUCAUAAGUGCCAAGAAGCCACCGACUUCUUCCAGGUAAGAGAGAUUCUAAAGCAGCAACGCAUCAGAUCGUGUUCAUACUAGUACUACUCCACCACACUGAAACAAAAAAGUUAAGGGAGAGAGAUGUCAAGGCGACCGGGGACUUGUUUGAGGUGUUGUUUGGUGGUUUUCGCGGUGGUCUCUGCCUUUUGCGUCUCUGGUCCUGCUCUCUAUUGGAAAUUCAACAAGGGAUUCAGGAGGUUGCCGGCAACUUCACCUUCUUGUACUCCUUGCAUUUGUGAUUGCCCUCCUCCUCUCUCCCUUUUUGCAAUCGCUCCCGGCUUGCUCAAUCUCUCUGUUACAGGCUGUGGAAGAGAUGACCCAGAUAUGAAGGAGGAGGUGGAGAAGCAGUUUGUGGACCUGUUGACAGAGGAGAUGAAGCUGCAAGAGACUGUUGGGCAGGAGCGCACCUACCAUAUGAACAUCACCUUUGGAGAAGCAAGAAGAGUAGCUUCCCAAUACCAGAGGGAGGCCGAAAAAUGCAAUGUUGCCACAGAAACUUGCGAGCAGGCUAGAGAACGUGCAGAGGCUUUGAUGAUCAAGGAAAGGAAGGUAACUUCCUCGUGGGAGCGAAGAGCCCGGCAACUGGGUUGGGAUGGAGAAUAAAUGUUUGCAGUUCAAAAUUUUAAUUUUUCUGUGAAUUAUUUCACCUUGUUAAAGCAUAUAAAUCUCUCUCAUAUCUUUUUGUAUUUCUUUCCAUGGCCUCAAAUGGCUUAAAUGGAUUUUCCGUUAUAAUAUGCAACUUUUCAUCAUAAA